CGGGGCACGGAACUGGGGUCCCUUCAUGGCUUUUCUGUCUCCGGGAAGUCCUCGGUGUCUCCGCUGCACCUUCUCUCACUCUAUGACUUGCAGGUACUGAGACACCCACCGGGAGCACAGCGAGUUACUCUGAAAAUCUCGGAAAUGGUCCUACCUAUGGGUGUGGCGGUAGCAAAUGAAAGGAUUGUGCCGAUGCCUUGAAAUUCAUAUUCUCAAGAUGCAGUUAUGAUUUGUCUGGAUAAUGUCACCUGACAAGGAAUCUUAGAGAAUCAAGAGAAAGAAGAAGAAAUGGCAGGUUCUUCUCAGGGAUUGUUGACAUUCAGGGAUGUGGCCAUAGAAUUCUCUCUGGAGGAGUGGGCAUGCCUGGAUCCUGCUCAGCGGAGUUUGUACAGGGAUGUGAUGUCAGAAAACUACAGAAACCUCGUCUCUGUGGGUCUUGCUGCCUCUAAGAUAGACCUGAAUUCCUGUCUAGAGCAAAAGCAAGAGCCCUGCAAUGUGAAGACACACGAGGCAGUAGCCAAACACCCAGAUAUAUUUUCUCAUUUAUCACAAGCCCUGUGGACAGAGAAGUACAUAGAAGCUCCAUUCCAAAAAGUGCUAUUGGGAAGAUUUGCAUGUUUUGGUCUUGAAAAUUUACACUUAAGGACAGACUGGGAUUGUGUAGGUGACUUUGAAGAGAAGAAUGCAUUUUAUGAUGGACAUAAAAAAUGUAAGACAUUAUGUAAUAACAAUAUCAUUCAUAGUGAAGAUGAAGAACACAAAAUGUUUUGGAAAAACACUCCAUUUAUGUCACAUACUUUUGCUGAACCAGAAGUUCCUAUAAGUAAAUAUCAGCGUCAAUUUUUAGAGCAUAACAUUUAUCUGAAAGGAAAUUCUGAAAAUCUAAAUAGGGACUUGGUCCAUGUUCCAAAUAAUUAUUUGGAAAAUUUUAAAUAUAGAAUUGGAUUAAAUGUACAUUCAAACAUUCCUGAAGAUCUGAGAUUUGAAAAUGAAGGAAAGAUUUCUAAAUGUGAUCAGUUUGAUGCAUCACUUUUUAAAAGUUUAUUAUUCUUCCAUAAUAACACAAUACCUUUUUCUGCAAACGUCUACAACAUUGAUCAGUGUGGGAAAGUCUUCACCCAUUCAUCAUUACUUAAUCAAUAUCAGGGAAUAGAUAAUUCAGGACAAAAUCAUACUUGUAAUAAAACUUUGAUAUUCUUUAGCCAGGGCUCCACUAUAAAUAAUUACCAAAAUAUUUGCAUUGAAGACAGAAAUGAUCAAUAUCAUAAAUCUGAGGAAGUCUUUAAUGAAGUCUCUAGUUCUAGAAAAGAUCAGAAAACUCAUUUUCCAGAGAACAAUUACAAAUGUAAAAAAUGUAAGAAAGUCUUUUAUCAAUACUCAAAGCUUAUUGUCCAUCAGAGUAUCCACAUUCCAAAGAAGUCUUACAAAUGUAACAAAUACUUAGAAGCUUUAACCCAGUCUUCAGAACAUUCCCAGGAUGUAGGAAUCCAUUUUGGAGGAAAUUCAUACAGAUGCCAUAAAUCUGAGGAAGACAGUCAAUCAUCAAGUCUAAGAAAUCAUAAUAUUAUCCACACUAAAGAAGAACGCUGCAAAGAUGAAGAAAGUGACAAACCCUUUAACAAUAUUUCACGGGUUAUUCAACAUCAAAGAAUUCAUACUGGAGAAAAAUUUUACAAAUGUAAUACAUGUAGCAAAACUUUUACUCGUUCCUCAAGUCUUACUAUGCACCAAAGAAUUCAUACUGGGGAAAAAUUUUACAAAUGCAAUACGUGUAGCCAAUCUUUUACUCAUUCCUCAACUCUUAUUGUGCACCAGAGAAUUCAUACAGGAGAAAAAUUUUACAAAUGUAAUACCUGUAGCAAAUCUUUUACUCAUUCUUCAACUCUUAUUGUGCACCAGAGAAUUCAUACAGGAGAAAAAGUUUACAAAUGUAGUACAUGUAGCAAAUCCUUUACUCAUUCCUCAAGUCUCAUUGUGCAUCGCAGAAUUCAUACUGGAGAGAAACCCUACAAAUGCAAAGAAUGUGAUAAAGCCUUUAAAAGUAGUUCACAGCUUACUCAGCACCAGAGAACUCAUACUGGAGAAAAACUUUACACAUGUAAAAUAUGUAGCAAAUCCUUUAAUCAUUCUUCACAUCUUAUCGUGCAUCAGAGUAUUCAUUCUGGAGAAAAACCAUACAAAUGUAAAAAGUGUGGUUUGUCUUUUGUCUGCUCAUCAACCCUUAGACGACAUGACAGGAUUCAUACUGGGGAGAAACCAUAUAAAUGUGAUGAAUGUGGUAAAGCCUUCAAUCAAUGCUCACGCCUUACUAUACAUAAGAGAGUUCACACUGGAGAGAAACCCUACACGUGUAAAGAAUGUGGCAAAGCCUUUAAAACUAGAUCAGAACUUACUCAGCAUCAGAGAAUUCAUACUGGAGAAAAACUUUACAAAUGUAAAACAUGUAGUAAAUCUUUCACUCGUUCUUCAUAUCUUAUUUUACAUCAGACAGUUCAUACUGGAGAGAGACCCCACAAAUGUAAAGAAUGUGACAAAUCCUUUAACUACAGUUCACUUCUUACUCAACACCAGAAAACUCACUCUGGAGAAAAAGUUUACCAGUGUAAUACAUGUGGCAAAUCUUUUACUCAUUCCUCAAGUCUUGUUGUGCAUCAAAGAAUUCAUACUGGAGAGAAACCCUACAAAUGUGAAGAAUGUGGCAAAGCUUUUAACUCUAGUGCACAUCUUACUCGACAUCAGAAAAUUCAUACUGGGGAAAAAUUUUACAGAUGUAAUGCAUGUAGCAAAUCUUUUAGUUAUUCUUCAAGUCUUAUUGUUCAUCAGCGAAUUCAUACUGGUGAGAAACCUUACAAAUGUGAAGAAUGUGGUAAAGCCUUUAAUCAGUGCUCAAAUCUUACUAAACAUAAGAGAAUUCAUACUGGAGAGAAACACUACAGAUGUAAUGAAUGUGGCAAAGCCUUUACCUCUAGUUCACAUCUCAUUAAGCAUCAGAGAAUUCAUACUUAAGAAAAACACUUCAAAUAUUUUGAAUGUGACAAGGCCUUUAACUGUAGUACAAAUCUUACUCAGCAUCAGAAAAACUACAGGUGCAAUAAUUCAGAUGAUAUGUUUAUCUAAAAUACACAACAUAGAAAUCUCCUGAAAAUCAUAGGGAAAGAAAAUUUAAUGAUGUAUGAAAUGAAAAAGUUUAAUUAAAAUGCAAGUUUAAUUGCAUCAGGGUAUUCACGGGAAAAAGUCUAAAGCACAAACCCAAAUUUGUACCUAAACAAUAUUUGUGUGUGUAUGAAUAAUCCAGAUCCAAAGCAAUUUCUUCAUAUGCUUCAAAGAAGUUAACAACAUUGAUAUUUGGAAAGGCAUAGUUGUUCAAUACUUUUAUUUGUAUUGACAGUAUUCUAGUUGUUUACAAGGAGGUAUUAAUGUAAUUCAAAUCUUUUUUUUUUUUUUUUGCAGUUUUUGGUUGGGGCUGGGUUUGAACCCACCACCUCCAGUAUAUGGGGCCAGCACCUAUUUUUCUUUCUUUGUUUUUUUUUUUUUUUUUCAUGAGACAGAGUCUCUCUUUGUCACCCUUUGUAGAGUGUCGUGGUGUCAUAGCUCACAGCAACCUCAAACUCUGGGGCUUAAGCAAUUCUCUUGCCUCAGCCUCCCAAGUAGCUGGGACUAUAGGCACCCAUCCCAACACCCAGCUGUGUAAUACUAUGCCUUAAUUUCUGGUGUUUAAAUGGAAAUAUUUGUUCUUUGCAUCAGAACUGUUAGACACCAUUCUAUACUAGGUGAAUAUUAUUAAUACCAAUUUUUUCAUAGAUGCAUUAUUACAUAUGGAAAACACUUGAAGAAAAUUUAAAGAUAGAUGCAGUUGGUAUUUGACUUGUACAGCAUUCAUGCAUGUAAGCAUAUGCUGUGUGCUGUGAACAUUAUUCUGAAUUUAAGUGAUGGGAGCAAUCUGAAUUUUCUAAAUCAAUCAUUUUUCCAAGUGAUUUUUUAGUUGAUAAAAUGUCUAGUUAGUCAAAAUACAGCAGUAUCUUUAUGGUAGAAUGAAGUAGAAGUCUUGAGUAUUAUUUGGUGUGAUAGAAGACAUAGUAGAAAUAUUUCAUAUUAUUUAAUGUGGUAGAAAUAAAUACGUCUUCACAGAUUUCAUCGAAAAGUGGAGAUUACUUCUGUCUUGAAGAUUGUGAAUAUAUUUAAAAUAUUGUUCACUAAAUAAUCAGCCUCACUCUUUUAACAUGGAGAAAUCACUUGUCAGAAGAAAAAUAAUGCUUCUGGUGUUCCUGCAACUAUUUUAACUAGAGAUCAUAUAUAGUAGAUUUUCAGAUACUUUCUAAGACUGUGUUUGAACAUAAUAUGUUUUUAUCAAUGUAACGACAUAAUUUUAAAACUUCAACACUGAUGUGUAAUAAAUUGACUUUUAUUCUGUUAUCAAUCUUUUUUUUUAUUGUUGGGGAUUCAUUAAAGGUACAAGAAACCAGGUUACA